UAAAACAAAUCUUUUGGUAUUUUAUCGUCGGGAUGAGGCUGCGCCUCUCGCUAAUGGAGCAUGGAACUGCCCCGAAUAGCCUCGCAAACCUCAAUUUGUCCUCCAACAAUACCCGGCAUACAGUUGAUGACCGGAUACCAAAAACCAAAAACACCGGUCAGCAAACAGCUGCUUACAGCUGCCAAACAGCCAGCUGAACCACAGUUUGCCGUUCUUCCUUCUUCUGCCUCUUAUCAACCGAGUCGAAAGCGAGAGGAAGCUCGCGCUUUACAAAAUUUGAGAAGAAGACUUCAGGCUGUGAAAGUAUUACAAGCUAAUAGAGCUGAGCCUAUCGAGGCUACCUCUUGUGCCAAUAAUAAUCUUAGUCCCGAAGAACUUGAUAAUAGGCCUUAUCUUCUUAAAAAGAUAUUAACAAACCGUCCAGUGACUAUGGUGCUAGAUAUGUCAGAGAUACAAACCGCAUGGCAAGAUAGCGAUUUUAUUACGGAUUGCCUGUGUUGGCACAACGUUUAUCGCCAAAGACAUUCAGCACCGCCUUUAACAAUGUCUUCGGAGCUUUGUUACCUUGCUCAAACUUGGGCGAAUCAUUUAGCUCAUACAAAUAGAUUUUACUACAGAAUCGACAAAGAAAUUGGCCAAAAUCUAUUUUGUCGACCUUCUAAUGGAUUAGUUCAAGAAAUAUCGGGUCAAGAAGUAGCAACUUAUUGGUAUUCAGCAGUACGUCAGUACAAUUACGGAAAAGAACCAGAUUGUUUACAUGUAAACGUGAAUGCAGGUCAUUUCACACAAAUGGUGUGGGUGUCAACUAGAUUCUGCGGCGUCGGUAAAGCUCGCGGUAGAUCUGGCAAACUUGUCGUAGUAGCUCACUAUUUACCCCACGGGAAUGUGUCAGGGGCGUAUUUGGAAAAUGUGCUUCCACCUUGCGAAGAUUAUCCUAGGCUUCCUCCUCCUCCCCCACCUCCUUCGAGACUAAUUAUGACAGGUAGCGUCACUUCCGAGUCUAGUUCUAAUACUCCGAAUAGCAGUUCUUAAAUUUGGCAAUCGUGAAGUACUAAUGUUUUUUCUCUCCAAAACGAAGAUUAUAAGUACUUUAGUUAGGUUUGUACAUUUUGUAUUAUUCCGAGAAAACGCCAAAUUUAAUUUUGCAGUUAUGUAUUAGGGGUCGUCACUAUUUAAUCGACGAGCCUAUUCGAGCGGACAUUUCGAAACAGCUGAUUGUUUAAAUUGGAAUAAUGAUUUCUUAUUUUUUUAUAUAAUCUCUUUUAAUUAUAUUUAAAUAUACGAAAUAUGUACAGAAGGGAAGAGUAGACUAAGAUCUAUAAAUAAACGUAACACAAUACAAUCACUGAUAUAAUAAUAAUUAUUAUACAUUUCCCAAUUUUUUAGCUCUUAGACCUUUUUAUAUUCAAUUUCUUAGAUAAAAAAUCUUGAUUUUUAGUCUAUUCUGUUAUAUCGCGUGUUUUUUGUAUGGAGAUGUUUGACGGUUCGACCUAAUUGAAUGAAUAUAAAAAUACCUUCUCUUUUAACAUUAUAAAGAUUAUCUACUUUUUAUUAUAGAAA